GAUCGUACGACUUCCUACCAGCGGCUAGCAGAACUGAAACUCACGGCGUUUCUUCGAACAGGGAAACUGGUCGUCCGGCCUGAUGUCGAUCGACCGUUAAUCCGUACGAUGUAACGACGCGCUAUAAAUAGAAAGGUUCGCCACGGUAUUUGAUAACGAUCCGCCGCCGUGUUCCUCUCCACGAAUCGGUCGAAUCAAUCUUUGGCCAACGCGAUUCAACCCGACGACGACGACGCCGCGACGAUACCACCGAGAAUAAUGGGUUGGCGCGGUGACGGAUCGAUAUGCAGCUACCUAUUAUUAGAUCGGCUCGGUGGACACUACGAUUAUCAUCCGCGGACGUUAUCGCGACUGGCUUCGCCUUGGCGCCGCGUCCUCCAGGCGUUAUCCCCGACUGGCGAACGUUCGUCACCCGCGCUUCCUACCAGACGGCAACGAUGAAAGUCACCCUCUACGAUUAUUUUUAUUAAGGGUCAGAGAGCACUUAAAAUAAAAUAUCUCGCGUCCGACUGGCAGCAUAUUUUUAUAUGUUUAUUUAUAAAUCAAAUGGUGCGAGAGCGUCUCGAGGAUCCUUCGAGCUAAACGGGGCUCUCCAUUCAGGCAUCGAAAUCGCGCACCUUCUGCUCGACAAGGCGUGCGGUCGGAUUCGAUGUGAUUCUCGGCGAUACGUACGCGCGCGUGCAUAAUACCAAGCAUAACCGAGUAGUUUAUUUAUAACGUUGCGGAAAUACACUCGGCGCGUUUAUUGUAAAAAGGUUGUGUAACGCGCGCGGUUCUCGUACGUUACGUAACCGCGUACAAGCGAAUGGGCGAGUUUCAUCGUUACGCGUUUAAUGCGACGCGAGUCCGGCCGAUUCCUGGCAUUGCGACUGUGCGACUGCACGCUUGCGACCAGCCAGGAGAACGCGCCGGCUGGAGGUCGGUAUUUCAAGGAACGAACUUCUGCGAUCCGUGAGAACCGUAAAGAACCAGCAAAUACGAUUCGAACAGGUGCGAAGCGAACAAGAAACGAGCUGUUUAUCGAUCGUCGACUAGUUUCGAAUGAAAAAAUGAUGGCGAUGAUCGGUAAAGUGAAUCGACUCUUGUCGCGUAAACGAUUCGACGACAAGACCGGGUCGUGGGUAAAAUGGAAGCAACUGCGGAAGAGACCCUGGCUGGGGAUCGUCGCCGGGCUGUUCGGCAGUUGUGGGACGAUUGUUUACUUCUUGAACGAUUCGUCGGUGAAAGCGUCGGAGGGGUUGGAACCGAUCCUGCCGAGUUACCCGUGGGCAUUUAAGGGGCCGUUCACCGCGUUCGACCACGCGGCUCUGCGGAGAGGCUGGAUCGUCUAUCGGAACGUCUGCAGCACCUGCCACAGCCUCCAAUACGUUCGUUUCCUCGACCUGGUCAACGUGACACACACCCUGGACGAGGUUAAAGAUAUCGCCAGCGAAUACGAGGUAGAAGACGGCCCCGACGACCAAGGAGAAUACUACAUGAGGCCGGCGAAACUCACAGAUCCGAUCCCGCCGCCGUAUCCGAACGAACAGGCAGCAAGAGCCGCGAACUUCGGAUCUUAUCCAGCGGAUUUGUCGUACAUCAUUUACACCAGGCACAACGGCUUCAACUUCAUGUUCUCCCUACUGACGGGAUGGAUGGACCCACCGGCAGGAGUGGAAGUAGGAGAAGCGCAGUAUUUCAACAUCUACUUUCCCGGUGGACUGACGGGGAUGGCACAAAUGCUCUUCGACGGAAUGGUCGAGUACGACGACGGGACGGUGGCGAGCCAGUCGCAGAUGGCCAAGGACGUGGUGGAGUUCCUGUCGUGGACGGCGGCCCCGGAGCACGACACGCGGAAGAUCAUGACGGUCAAGGGUGUGGGCAUCUGUCUGAUAAUGACGGUAGCACUGGCCUUCAUGUACAGGCGAUACUGGUCGCACGUAAGGAGUCGUCGACUGGCUUUCGUGCCGAAUUGUAUUACUCGGGAGCCGCGGCUACCGGCGCCGGUGCUCGGGUCGAGAUCGGGUAAAAGAAGCUGAGACUCCAGCCGGUUUGCAUGCUCGCACGCGGAACGCAGUAGCCGCGAAACGGGAAUCGUACAUGAUCGUGGAAAACCGAGAAAGAAAACGGAGAUUCGAAUCGGGUCGGGUCGGGUCGGGUCGAUUCGGUUCGGUUGGUAGCGCGGAUGCAACAUGUGCCACCGAUAAUCGUUUCGCAACGCGCGGCCUUGACGAUGCCCGUAUACUCGAUCGGUCCGUCUAAAAAUAGAAACCGUGCAACAAACGCUCCGUCCUACCUAUCUCUCUCUCUCUGUCUCUCAUUACCCUUCCUUCUCUCCCUCUUUACCCCGUGGUCGAUGUUCAUGAGACGAGCGACGGAUCAUGGUCGCGAGCGACGAGUAACGACGGUCGGUGAUCUACGAUCUAUUUCAGAUCGAAAGGACUCGGUUGCAUGAGUCGUGAUUUAUUUUUACACCCGUACCCACCCUUCCACCUUCCAAUGUACGCGUCGCCUCUUCCCUCUUUCCCGGAACCACGCGAAUCGCUUCAUCUCCGAAUCAGCAGCGACGAUCGCGUUAACAGUUUUCCUCCGAGCCGCGUCGAUGAUCUAUGCGAGAACGUACGCGACUCAUCUCGGCGGCUCAAUGGCAACGAGCACGAUACGGGGACAAGAGGGGAGAGGAGAGACGGCACGGAUCGAAAAUAUAUACCAAACGAUGAAUGAACCUCCGCGUUGACGUUGAGAGCGCGCCAGCGAUUUCGCGAUCAACCGUAAGAACAAACUUGGACCGUCGAAGGGUCCGGCGCGCCGCGGCGAUCCUUUAACUCCCACGUUCAAGGCCGUUUUUAGCAACGAGAUCGUCUCCGCUUCGUCGAGUCCCUUUGCGUCAAACCUGGGAUGGCGAAAAUUCUCGAGUCCUCUCGUAGUUAUUUAUUUUUAAUAACCGUAGCUCGCAUCGUAUCGAGUCCGUUAUCGUUGCCGUCACCAUCAUCGUUCUCCGAUACACAUCACGGUGUGACUCUGUGAACCUUCAUUCCCACGCUGCUAGAGUAGCAUUCAACCGCGAUCACGGAUCGCGCUCCCUUUCAUUUCGUUUCGCCCCUGUCUAAGAAUCUUCCCUCGCCAGCGCGCGAGACCGUCUCUCUCUCUCUCUCUCUCUCUCUCCCUGUUCGUGGUUCGCGAUCGGAACGGUUUAAUUAUCGUGCGACUAACGAGAAACCGCGGAUGCUGUCUCAUCGUCG